AAUUCAAGAUGGCGAGCGGAACAUUAUAACUGAAGCUGUUGUUGUGAUGAAAUAUUUAGUAGAUCUAAUACACAGCGGAUACUAAUAGAACAGAUCAGCUUAAAUAAUGUCAUCCUCUAGUAAUGAAGAAGAUGGAGGUUCCGAAUGGCUGGUCAACCUACUCAAUGAGAUCCAGCUGGGCCAGUUCUACACUAAGCUGCGGGACGACCUGCAGGUCACAAGACUGGUCCACUUCGACUAUGUUAAAAAUGAAGACUUGGAGAAAAUCGGUAUGGGCAAACCUGCUAUUCGUCGGCUACUGGACGCAGUUAAAAAACACAAAUCUGUUCGCAAGAAGAGUUUACUGGAUAAGAUAUUGCCCAGGGGCAGUGAGAAAGGGACACAACCAGGCAACACAUCAGAGAAUCUGGACAUGGCCCUGACCUGUCUGAUUGACAAAAAGAAUGUAUUUGUGUUUGACAAACUGGGCAAUGGAUCAUUUGGUGUUGUCAGGAGGGGCGAGUGGGUGGCACCUUCAGGCAAAAAGAAGAGCGUAGCUGUAAAGAUUCUGAGAGGAGAUGCCUUGUCCCAGCCUGGAGCCUUUGAAGAUUUUGUCAAGGAGGUCAAUGCAAUGCACACAUUGAAACACAACAACUUGAUACAUUUGUAUGGGGUGGUUCUAUCUACUCCAUUGAUGAUGGUGACAGAACUGGCACCUUUAGGCUCACUGCUAGACAGACUCCGGCAGGCCGACCAUCCGCUGCUGAUAUCCACUUUGUGUGAGUACGCCAUCCAGAUAGCUGUGGGCAUGUCAUUCUUGGAGUCAAAGCGGUUCAUUCACAGGGACCUGGCCUGCAGGAAUGUGCUGCUCAAAACUAACGAGUUGAUAAAGAUUGGAGAUUUUGGUUUAAUGAGAGCACUACCAAGCCAGACAGACCACUAUGUUAUGUCAGAACAAAAGAAAGUGCCAUUUGCUUGGUGUGCUCCUGAAAGUUUAAAAUCUCGCCAGUUUUCCCACGCCACUGAUGCCUGGAUGUUUGGUGUCACCCUCUGGGAGAUGUUCACGUAUGGACAGGAGCCGUGGCUAGGGUUCAAUGGAUCACAGAUUUUACAUAAAAUUGAUGUAGAGAAUGAGCGGCUCACCAAACCCUCUGACUGUCCUAGUGACAUCUAUCGGCUCAUGAUGCAAUGCUGGGCUCACAAGCCACAAGAUAGGCCGUCAUUUGUGGCUCUCAAAGACUUUCUAUCUGAAGUUUUACCUGAAAAUGUGAAAGCCACCCAAGCAUUUAACGAAGACAGCAGGCUAAAAAUAGAGGCAGGAGAUCUAAUUACUGUGAUUGAGGGGAGGUCUGACCACUUUUGGUGGAAAGGACAAAACAGACGUACAACAGAAAUUGGCACAUUUCCUCGAAGUCUAGUGGAAGUUCAACGUAAACUCGCAGCCUCAGAUAUCAGUGUCCCAUUGAAGAACAGUUUCAUCCACACAGGCCAUGGAGAUAUUGCUGGUAAAAACUGGGGCGACCCAGGAGAAAUUGAUGAAGUGUAUCUCAGGAAUCCCAUGGACCCACCAGACCUAUUUGAGGAAGACAAAGGAUUAGCCAGCCAGUUAAAAACAAAAAUUCAUUCAGGAAGUCACCAGUUUAACUACAGCAAGCUCAAAAGUUUCUCCGACCCCAAACGAUCCAACUCUGACCCUGGACGACAGCGCCAGGCUCCAGCCAACUCCAGCCAAAAGAAGCAACCACCAAAACGGCCCUCAGUCCUCCCCACAGUCCAAGACAAACCAAAUCUCAGCGUGGACACAACUCCAGUAUCCAAACGUGAAGAUCUCCUCAUCGACCUGACCACAUCUCCCAAGGAAACCAAAGAAAACGGCGACAAAUCUCACCGCUCUUCCCUCAACAUAUUUGAUUCACUCUGUUCCUCCAACGACACAUUGUACGGGAACGUUGAACUUCCUAAACCGCUGUUCAGCAGCGUCGACCCCGACCCAUUUGCCGUUGACCCGCGUAUUCUCUUGUUAGCCAACAACAACACAAUCAAGUGGAAUUCUGCGGAGGACGGCGGUGUGGGAUUUAAGUCCAACUCUGAUAGUGGCGUGGGCUUUAAUUCAAACUCCAACAUCUUUAACUCCCCAGCCGUCAUAAGAAAGCCAUCGCUACCUUCGUCAUCUUCAUCGCAGAAACAGAUUUACAGAUCCUCAGUUCCCAACAGCGCUAGUCACAGUCUAGAAUCCUCCCCCUCUCUUCUACCGAAACACACACCAGGGCUGUCCUUCCUGGGCGGAGGAGACGGACUCAGCAAUACCCCGGCCAACUGCGGGGGGUUACUUUACUGCGAACCACCUGUGGACGACGUGCAAUACAAGCCACCACCACAUCUUUCUAUAGGCGGUUCUGCCAAUGCUUAUGCCAACCAAGGGACUAAAUUCUCCCCCUCCCACCUGCAGAACUCCAGUGUUCUAGAACAGAACCAUACUGCUGCAGGUUUGAACCCAAGCUUUAAAGAACACCUGCAGAACGUUGUGUUUGCAGGCGCAGUGAACACGCGCUGCAAAUCUGUAAAUUUACCGCCGCAGACGGCGCCACUUAUACCCUCGGAAACAAAAUCUGCCCCAUCGCCAUCACAAAACCCAUUCCACACCCACAGCGUUUUGAAACCCUCAGUCAAGUCCACCCCGAUAAGCUCGAACUCACAAGACAUCGACAAAAUUAAAACAGAAAAAGCGUUUGAUUGGCUGAAUGAGGCCCUGAAAUCUAACCUGACUAUCCAGUCCCAGCGGAUAAUGAAUAAAGAUUUUCAAAUUGUCUCAUCCGAUAUGAGCCAGAAAGAUCAAAACCCAAUCUCCCAAAUACAGAAACUUCCACUGUACGACUCCGUCCCUGACGAGUCUGACAGCUCUGCAGAGUUCUCGUCAGCUGUCAAAGAAGAGAAGAGGCACACUGGGACUAUCUUUGGUGCUGGUAGCCAGUACUCUAACGUGAGUACCACACAAGACAUGUACACCACCAAGAUGUCCGCCUUCGCCUCCAGCAACGGUGGCCAGGUGUACAUGGACGGGGACAACAACUACGCCUGCAGCUCCAACUUCAGCGACACCACAUGGGACGACGAGUUUGAUGACGACUUUGACGACACCUCUCUCAAAGACCUUGACAUUGAGGACGCCAACUCCAGCAAACCCCCUCCCCUCCCACCCAGGACUUACCCCACCGCUGCUUCCAUCACCAGGGACAAAACCUUCUCGGAAAAACCGUACAUACUUCCCCUUAAACAAGAUGGACAGCAGCUCAGCCACACCCACUAUUUCUUAAUCCCCUCCAUAAACUCACAAGAUUCUUCUCUACACCGGCGAGAAAAAUCACCACCACAGAAAUCAACUGUCGCAGUUAGGCCGUUUUUAGUGAAUUCCGCUUUCGAUAACAGCGACGAGAGAAGCAACACCCGCGACUAUCAGAACAUCACGGGGCUGAUGAGCCGAGACGUCAUACAGCGGUCCAUGUCUAACAUGUCGACGUCAUCCUCCUCCAAGUCAAGCUGCAGCGGGUCUGUUGAGACAUCUCCGCGACGCCAGCUACACCAGUCCCACUCGUCCGGCAAAUGGUCCCCGUCCAAACCCCGCCCCAUACAAACCCACAGAAAAACCGACGAGGGUCAGUUCAUGGGUUCCUCCCCGCGGGACCGCAUCGCAGUGGUGCAGAGUAAAGUGAUGGGGGUGACGGACGACGAGUGCUACACCGCCCUCUCCACCACCCACUGGGAUAUUGAGAGUGCCGUCAGGUACCUGAAGGUGGAGCAGUUGUUCCGCCUGGGGGUGGCGUCCAGGACGUCCUGUCAUAAACUGCUGGAGAACUUCAACUGGAACCUGGAGCAAGCCAGUUCUGUCAUCAUUGACAGCAUGAACCCUAACCCCAAGAAAGGUCGCAUUGAAAGCACUGUAUAAUUCUUGUUGUGUUGAUAAAACUUUGGUAAUUAGAUAAAUUAUGGACAAUUCAAGAUGUUGUAUAUCAGCUAAAGACUGACCCUCGCUUGCACAGUAUAGUAUAAACAGGAAAUUAUUGUUUCAGUAGCUCUACACACUGCUUGAUAAGGGCACAAAAAGAUCUCUUCACCUUAAUAAUACAGUUAGCUUUAAGCUCAUGUGUGUUUAGUGUCUUGUUUUAAGAGAAUCGUACUUACUU